UUUGGAGCUUGAGGUCUAGAGUUUGCUGCAGUUUGGGAUGGAAUCUGCUGGCUGUGUUGUGAGGAGGAAGGGACAUGGAGUUGUGCAAGGGACAAACAAGUACUGGAUAAAUGAAUACACCUCCACCUUGGGGAUUGGUGUCUUCCACUCUGGCAUCGAGAUCUACGGCAGAGAGUUUGCCUAUGGAGGGCAUCCCUACCCUUUCAGUGGGAUUUUCGAGAUCACACCGGGCAGUGCGGUAGAACUUGGCGAGACCUUUAAAUUCAAAGAAUCCAUUGCCUUGGGCACUACAGACUUCACAGAAGAGGACGUGGAUAAGAUUAUGGAAGAGCUGGGCAAGGAGUACAAAGGAAAUGCGUACCACUUGAUGCACAAGAACUGCAAUCACUUUUCUUCUGCUCUGGCUGAGAUAUUAUGUGGGAAAGAGAUCCCCCGCUGGGUGAACCGCCUGGCCUACUUCAGCUCGUGCAUCCCCUUCCUCCAGAGCUGCCUCCCCAAGGAAUGGCUGACCCCAGCAGCCCUGCAGAGCCACAUCAGCCUUGGCCUCCACAAGGAGGAGCAAGGGGACACAACGGAUGAGGAGUCCCCCUCCACCUCUGCAGCCCCCUCAGCCUCAGGCACAUCGAGAACCUGCAGACAUACGCGGGUCUAAACUUCCCCAUCUGCCCCCAAAUAACAUUCCUGCUCUCUUGUUCGAUUUAUUUCUCACACCCUUUCGCACACAUUGGUUUGUCUCUUCAACGGACAACACAGGGGAGGGAAGACCCUUUCUGCUUCAGCUCCUUUUCCAAGGACUGCCACUACAAUUGCUUGGCAAAAUGACUGUGAACCCCAACACAGAAUUAAGGAUUGUGGUGACUAAACUGUGUUUUCCUCCAGGGGCCUCCAUGAUCCUUGAUCUACAGAGAACUUCUGACUCUCUCAGGCAUGAGAGCAUGUGUAUGGGCAGAGUGCACAUACUGUGAUGUUCCUUCUCUGGAACUGUUUUAUCUUUUUAUCACUCCCUCUACCCAUUUAAGCCCAGCAGUGUCUUCUCUGUUUUGGCUGGGUUUUCCCAUCCCCAAUGACAGAUCACCUGCCCAUACCCAGUGAAGGAACCAGAGCCAGAAGUCAACCUUCUCAUCUCUUAGACCAGCAACAAACUCCACUCAGAUCCACCCCUUUUAUAAUUAUCAGGUUUCUAACUCAUGUGAAGGACA